UAGCGAGUGUGGCACUUGAGUCAUGUCGCGUUAAGAGUUUCUUCCCGAGUCACUCGGUGACUCAAUUUGCCUAUUUUUCAUUUCUGAAGAGUUUUUUUGAGAGAAUAAAAACUCUUUCAUCUUCUUCUUUUUCCCUCACUCUCUCUCAUUCCUCAUUCUUCUUCACUGAAACGAGGUUGAAGAAAUUGGUUGAUACAAUUGGAGAGAGAGAGUUCAUACACCGGUCAUUUUUGCAAAGCAGCUCGAAGAUCCGUCCUUUGCGAAAUUGAGAGACAAAAUGACUGAUGAUUCUGGUCUAGAGAAUGGCGGUUAUGAUUGGAAUACCGACGAUGAGCUUGAGAUUGAGGGCUUUCAUUCUCCGCCUUUAACUGUUCCCUAUGGACAGACUGCUGGGUCUCGGUCUUCUGAGGAAAACUCAUUUGCAGCAGGUCCAUCUAAUACCAAGGUGUUUGACUGUUUCAUAAAUAUGGGAUUUCGUCCUGAAUUGAUUUCCAAAGUAAUUCAGGAAUAUGGUGAGGAAAACCAAGAUAAACUACUUGAAGAGAUUCUUACAUACCAAGAGCUAGAAAGUUGUUCUCAGCAGCAACAGCAAGUUGAACUUGAUCCCACCUCUUCAGAGUAUGCAGAAAGUUCUUCUCAGCAGCAACAGCAAGUUGAACCAGAUCCCACCUCUUCAGAGUAUGCAGCGAGCUCCUGGGAUGAUUCAUCAGACGACGAUUAUUUUUAUGAUGAAGAAAUGCCAAAAUCUCUUUCUGAGAAUGAUGAUCCAUUACUGACCCUGGUAAAAAUGGGAUUCAAUGAGGAGGAGGCUUUAGUGGCCCUAGAAAGAUUAGGUCCAAACUCCUCACUUGUAGAGCUGGUGGAUUUUAUCAGUGCUGCUCAAGUGGUAAAAUCUGAAGAUGCCCUUCUGCCUCCUGAAGAUAAGCCACAAUGCAAUGGGCAUACAAAACCUAGAAAGCGGAGUCUUUAUGAAUAUGAAGUGCUGGGAAGGAAAAAGCCAAAGGUGUUGAAGAGAACAUCAUGUGACGAAGAGGAUGAGUCCCAGGCAAAUCAUCUGCCCAAUCCAAUGGUGGGGUUUGGGAUUCCCACCGAUCCAAACUCCAUAAUCACAUAUAGGAGACUGCCUCACGAUGCUAGCGGCCCCCCUUACUUCUAUUACGAGAAUGUGGCGUUGACUCCGAAAGGUGUUUGGCAGACCAUUUCAAGAUUCUUGUAUGACGUGGAGCCGGAGUAUGUAGACUCAAAAUAUUUUUGUGCAGCAGCCAGGAAAAGGGGAUAUAUUCAUAAUCUCCCCAUUGCGAAUAGAUUUCCUCUUUUACCUCUUCCACCUCGCACAAUACUUGAUGCAUUCCCGCUAUGGAGGAAAUGGUGGCCGUCAUGGGAUCCCAGAACGAAGCUGAAUUGUCUGCAAACGGUACACGGCAGUGCAAGAUUGACUCAGAGAAUCAGGACCGCGGUAGAACAAUUGCAGGAUUUUGACGAUCCUCCUGAAAAUGUCAAGAAGUUUGUUUUGGAACAAUGUCGGAAAUGGAAUUUAGUCUGGGUUGGCAGGAAUAAAGUUGCCCCCCUAGAGCCCGACGAAGUGGAAAUGCUGUUGGGCUUCCCUAGGAAUCACACAAGAGGUGGUGGAAUUAGUAGGACUGACAGAUUCAAGUCACUUGGAAAUUCUUUUCAGGUUGACACAGUGGCAUAUCACCUAUCUGUUCUAAAGGAAAUGUUUCCUAAUGGGAUCAAUGUUCUCUCUCUCUUUUCUGGAAUUGGUGGUGCAGAGGUAGCUCUCCAUCGACUUGGUAUCCCUCUAAAGACUGUAGUGUCGGUUGAAAAAUCUGAAGUGAAUCGGAACAUUGUUAGAAGUUGGUGGGAGCAAACCAAUCAAAGAGGUAAUUUGAUUGAUAUGGAUGAUGUGCAACAGCUAGAUGCUGAUCGUUUGGAGCAGCUGAUGAGCACAUUUGGUGCUUUUGAUCUCGUUGUUGGUGGGAGUCCAUGUAAUAACCUGGCUGGAAGCAACAGAGUAACCCGGACUGGACUCGAAGGCUCAGAAUCGGCCCUCUUUUAUGAUUACUUUCGAAUCAUAGACCUGGUGAAAGCUAUGGCGCCAAGAUUUCAAGGUCAUGGUCUAUAGAAGUUUCCUUUUCAGGGCUAUGUAUUAAUCCCAAAUAUGUAGGAUCCUUUUAAACAACUUCAACUUUAUGACGACACUUUUCAUCCCAUUUUUGUUGUCGAACAAGGAAAGGCAACGGUACUAAAUAAUUUUUGUUUUCCGUAA